AUGCCGCGUAUAGGACACAUCAAAGCCGGUAUCGUGCUGCCUGAUGGAAAGAAUCUUCUUAAACAAGGUUGCAAAACUGGCGUGACUUGGGGAAAGUACAGCAAGCUCGCAACAACAGUUUUUACAGCUGCCAAAAGCGGCGAACUACGGACAACAGACGAACACUCAGUGGUUUACGACAUCAAGCACGAUUUCUUCAAACCCGGUGACUCGGGCUCACUUAUGUAUGACGAGAGGGGAUACAUAGCAGGAAUGGCCUUUGGUGGCCAAGUGUCGGGACAGAUUGUUGUUUUCACUCACAUCGACAACCUAAUUGCCGACAUUAAAGAGCGAACUGGAGCUAAACGUGUCGUCUUUUACGGCCAGGAAGAACCGGUAGAGGAAUGCGACAUAGAUCAGCACUAA